AUGGACGAGAUAUUCAAAGCCCCCCCAGAGCCUGCCACCCCUUUGGGUCGGUACCGGGUGCUUUCCUCUAGUGCUGGUGUCCGUGUCUCUCCGCUGCAGCUAGGAGGCAUGUCAAUCGGCGACGCCUGGGGCAAGUUCAUGGGGAGCAUGGACAAGGAACAGUCUUUCAAGCUACUUGACGCUUUUGUCGCCGCCGGCGGAAACUUCAUCGAUACUGCCAAUAAUUACCAGGACGAGCAGUCUGAAACAUGGAUCGGUGAAUGGAUGGCUGCGCGUAAGAACCGGGAGCAGAUGAUCAUUGCAACCAAGUUCACUACCGACUAUCGCACCUGGGAGCUCGGCAAGGGCAACGCCCCCAAUGCGCUCGGAAACUCGAAGCGUAGCAUGUUCGUCAGUGUGAACAACUCGCUGCGCAAACUGCAAACAGACUUCAUCGAUAUCCUGUACCUGCACUGGUGGGACCACACCACCUCCAUCGAGGAAAUUAUGGACUCGUUGCAUAUCCUGGUCGAGCAGGGCAAGGUGAUGUACCUGGGCAUCUCGGACUCACCAGCGUGGGUGGUAUCUGCGGCCAAUACAUACGCCCGAGCGCAUGGAAAGACACCCUUCUCUAUUUACCAGGGCCGGUGGAACGUGAUGAGGCGGGACUUUGAACGCGAGAUCUUGCCCAUGGCCCGGCACUUCGGUAUGGCGUUGGCUCCAUGGGACGUGCUGGGCAGUGGGCAUUUCCAGUCGCCGAAGACUCUAGCAGAACGAAAGGCCAAGGGCGAAGGGCUGCGCAAUGUGCUAGACGGUGGCGAGCAGACCGAGGCUGAGCGUCAUAUUUCGGAAGCGCUGGCGAAAGUGGGAGCCGAGCAUGGCGUCGAAUCAGUGACUGCCGUCGCAUUGGCGUAUGUCCUCUGCAAGGCACCGAACGUGUUCCCCAUUGUGGGCGGUCGCAAGGUUGAGCACCUGCAUGACAAUAUUCAGGCGUUAUCGAUCCGCCUCACGCGAAAGCAGCUUGAUUUCCUCGAGUCGGCCACCCAGUUCGAUGUUGGAUUCCCGAACAACUUCAUCGGCCCCGACCCUGGCACAACCGAUGGGAAGGCCGGGCUUCUGGCCAGGACAGGUGGCAAUGUCGACUUUGUGUUGAAACCAAAGGCGAUUGGAUAUGAAACAGGCAACUAA